AUGGCUGCUACCCAGGGAGCUCUCUCGAAGCGCCGCAAGUUCGUCGCGGACGGUGUCUUCUACGCCGAGCUGAACGAGUUCUUCCAGCGCGAACUGGCUGAGGAGGGUUACUCGGGCGUCGAAGUCCGUGUUACUCCCACCGUCACCGAUAUCAUCGUCCGUGCUACGCACACCCAGGAGGUUCUUGGUGAGCAGGGUCGCCGCAUCCGCGAGCUUACCUCCCUGAUCCAGAAGCGCUUCAAGUUCCCCGAGAACUCCGUCUCCCUCUAUGCCGCCAAGGUCCAGAACCGCGGUCUGUCCGCCGUCGCUCAGUGCGAGUCUCUCCGUUACAAGCUUCUGAACGGUCUGGCCGUCCGCCGAGCAUGCUACGGUGUUCUCCGUUUCAUCAUGGAGUCCGGUGCCAAGGGUUGCGAGGUUGUCGUUUCCGGAAAGCUGAGGGCCGCUCGUGCCAAGUCCAUGAAGUUCACUGACGGUUUCAUGAUCCACUCCGGUCAGCCCGCCAAGGACUUCAUCGACAGCGCCACCCGUCACGUCCUCCUCCGCCAGGGUGUCCUGGGUAUCAAGGUCAAGAUCAUGCGUGGUUCUGACCCCGAGGGCAAGUCCGGCCCCCAGAAGACUCUCCCCGACUCUGUCACCAUCAUCGAGCCCAAGGAGGAGCAGCCCAUCCUGCAGCCCGUCAGCCAGGAUUACGGUGCCAAGGCUCUCGCCGCUCAGCAGCUUGCCGAGCAGCAGAGACUGGCCGAGCAGCAGGAGGCCGAGGCCCAGGAGGGCGCUCCGGAAGCGUACGCGCAAGAGUGA